GUUUAUGGAGGAGCACAAAGCUAUGACUCAAAAAUUCACAACUGAGCAAGAGGUUCUUCUCCAAGAGCUGAAAAAGAAACAUGUGGAUGAGCUGGAACUACAAAGUCAGCAGUUGCAGGAGGAGCAUAAGCAGCAAAUUUUGUCUCUGACAGCUGAGUUUCAGACAAAGCACCAAGCUGAAAUUGAGACACUUAAAUCUACGCUGGAAAGUAAACAUCAGAUUCAGCUGAAAUCUUGUGUUGUUGAACUACAGGCAAAGCAUCAGGCCCAAACUGAUGAGCUGGAGGCUAAACACUUGUCAAAUCUGGAUUCCUUGGAGUUGUCCUACUUGUCUGAAAUUCAGAAUAUAAGAGAUGAGCAUACUCAGGCUCUGGAGAAGCUACAGCUGCAGCACACAGAAAAGCUCCACGAACAGGAGAAAAUGCACCAAGCACACCUGGUUCAGGAGGUGGAGAUGCUGAAAUUAAAGCAUGCUGAAGAACUUCAGCUUUGCCAAAACAAUUUGAAGAUUGAGCUAGCUACUGUUCAUAUGGAAAAGCUUAAAGCCAUGGCUGUUGAAGCUGAAGAAGCUCAUAAGGAUGAUUUGAACGCAGCUCUUCGAAAUCAACGGCAGUUGCUGGAAGAAGAGAAACGUCUGGCUCUGGUUCUGUUACAUGAGGAAGUGUUCCAUAUGGAGGAAAAGCACAGAAAAGCACUCCAGGAGCUUCAGGAUCUUCAUGAGGCAGAAAUUAAGAAGCAUAAGGAAGAGUACUCCAGGGAGCUGGAAAAAGAAUUGGGGAAACUGAAAGCACAGCAUGAACAUGAGCAAGAGCUUUAUGCUUCUGCAUCAGCCUCUGAAGUCGAAUCUGUGCGAACAGCUCUUCUGGCUCAAUUUGAGGAGAUAAAAUUGAAGCAGCAGCUUCAGUUCCAGGAGGAGAUUGAGCUGUUGAAGUGUCAGUCGGAGAUGCUGCUGGAGCAGCAGAUUGCACAGCUGAAGGAUGAAUUUGAAGCUGAAAAGAAGGCGUCACUGCAUGACAAGGAGCAGGUGUUUGUUCAGGAGAGCAAGAAGGCACAGGCUGCUCACCAAAAGGAGCAGGAGAUGUUAUCAGCCCAGCUGCAAGAAAAGGCAGCAAUAAUCACCCAGCUGGAAAAGGAAGUGGAGUCUUUAAAGCAUGAAAUAGAGGAGACCAACUCUGAGCUGGAGACACUCCUUCAGCGGCGGGACAGGGAAAACCAGGAAGAAGGGAAUUUGGUAGCCUUGUUGAGAUCUGAUAUUGAGCAAUACAAGGGGGAAAGGGAAAAACUGCAGGAAUCUUAUCACCAUGUUUGGAAAUUGCUCAUGGAAUUGGUGAAGGCCACAAUAGCUAUUGAGGACCUUAUCUGUAGCAAGAUUGGUCUUUGCCUCGAUGACAGUCUGGCAUCUGGAGAUUCCAGAGGAACUCUCAGUAUUAUAGAAGAAAUGGGAUUCAUGCAAUAUUUCAAAGCCAAAGAAAAGCAUCACCUGGAAAAAGUAGAGGAGCUGCUUGAAGAAACUCUCACAGAACACAACCAGCUGUCUCCAGGGACUGAUGAGGGCUCUGAGUUGAGCCAAUACUUAUGUGAAAGUAUUUUUGCAAAGCCAGAGUUGGCAUAUGAAAACGAAGAGAUGAUACUGAAAAUUUGUCAUCGUUUACACACUGCAGUGGAGAGACUUCUGGAACUGGUUACAGAGUCAACUAAACAGCUGGAGAAAAUGCAUGAAAACCAUGCACAGUUUGAAGAGGAAUUCGGCCGCCGAAAUCAGGAGACGGCCCAGGUGGUGAGUCAGCACCAGGAGCUGAUGGAGUGCCUCAGUGAGGAGAGUGAGGCCAAGACUCAGCUGGCACUGGAGCUUCAUAAAGCAGAGGGCAUUAUCGAAGGCUACGUUGCAGAAAAAGCUGCAUUGGAAGAGGCCUUGAACCUGAAAGAGGAAUCGGAGCGUCGCCUCGUUGUGGAGCUGGAGAACAUGCGCGAAUGCUUCCAGAAGCUAACCCAGGAGCAAGCAAUUCUUGGCCUACUCAAGGAAGUAGAAUUUUUAUCCAAGGAGAAAUUAGAGCUUCAGUGUCAGGCAGAAAAGGACCAUUCCAACUUACGCUCUCAAAUGAAGGUUUUGGAGGUGGAACUGGAAGAACAGUUGCUCAGUAACCAAGACCUCUCUGCACGGUUACUGGAGGUUGCAGAGUUAAAACAGCAAAUCCAAGUUCUUGAAAAACAGCUUAAAAAUCAGCGACAGUUCAUGGACAAACUGGAAGAACAGUUAAAACUGUCAGCAAAAUCACAGACUUCAGGACAGCCCAGAGAGCAUGGAAACUAUGAAUUGAUUCUACAGGUAGAAUCUUUGCAAGCAGAAAUUAAAGAGAAGAUGGAUGAUUACAAUAAACUGUUAUUAGAAAAGGAGCAAAAACACCAAGAAAUUACAGCUCGUGAUAAAGAGAGAGAAAAACUGGUAGCACAGAUCCAAGAGCUGGAGCACAGCAAUGCUGAGGUCUCCAAGACUGUACAUGGCCUGGAACAACAGCUGCAGAAAAUGAAGAAAGUGGAAACUGAACUGAAACAAGAUAAAGAGGCUUUGCAACAGCAGCAGUACAACAACCUGAUUCAGAUCUCUGCCCUGCAGUCUAAACUGGAUGAAGCAAGGCACCGAGUGCCAGUGGAUGGCAGUUCUGCUCCCAUGCUGAAGGAGCAGCUACAGGCAGAGCAGGAAGCACUUCAGGCCAAGCAGAGGGAGAUUGCAAGCUUGCUAGACCAACUAGAACAAUAUAAAGACAACUUGAACAAUAAGAAUGAGGAGAUAUUUCAGCUGAACUUGCAGUUAGAGAUGCAAAGAAACCUUAGCACUUCCAGCAUCAGCCAGCUUCAGGCAGAGAAUGCACACUUGAAGGAUCUAACAAAACUUCAUGUGAAGCAGUGUCAGGACCUGGGUAUGAGCGAUUCUUCAUCCUUGACAUUCCCACAAGCACUACUUGAAGAAAAGAAUCAAGAAAUCGAUCACUUGAAUGAGCAGAUGAAGACACUCCAGCAUGAGCUAGAGAAUGCUCUGGAGAAUAAAGUUGUGGAAGACCAAAAAUCUGAAAUUGAAGAACUCAGGUCACUGGUUGAGCACCUUCGCGUUGACCAGGAGAGGCUACGUAAGGACAAGGAUGAAGAGGUGGAGCAACUCCACGGAGUAAUUGAGAAGCUUCAAAAAGAGCUGGCACAUUUUGCACCAGUGUGUCAUGAAGAUAGUGACAAUCAAGAUGAUUUCUAUCAAGUUGCAUUGGGAAAGCCAGUGGAUAACCUUCAGAAUGAGUUGAAGAAGGGACUGUUAGAUUGUCAGGAUGAUCCUGAUCCAAAUAGAAGAAACGCAUCGCUACUCUCCAAAGUGAGAGAACUUCAGGAGGAGCUAGAGGUUGUCUUAGCUUCUAGAGAAGCUCUGCAGCAGGAACUGGAAGAGAAGGAAUCACAGUUGAAAAUGGAAGUGGAAAUUUGGGAGAAAAAGUGCCAACAGUUGCGAGAGUCAUCAGAGCAGUAUGUUGCAGAGCUAACCUGUCUGAGAAUCCAGCAUGAGGCACUUCAGGAAGAACACAGCGUUUCCCAGACGCAUUUGUCUCAGAGAGAGGUUGAAACAAAGAUGACUACUUCUCGAAUUCAAGAACUUGAAGAUACUGUGAGGGAAAGGGAAGCAAAUAUUCUAGAGAAACAGAUGCAAAUUAAGACAAUGGCAGAUCAAAGAGAAGCUGACACAACUGAGCUGCAGUAUUUAACAGAAAAGGCAGCAGAACUCCAAACCGAGCUGGAAAAGAGAGAUGCAAGUCAGGCACAAGAUGUUUAUAGUCUUCAAUUAGAAGUUUCUAGACUUGAUUUCCAGGUGCAAGCACUGAAUCAGAAAGAAGUAGCUUAUCUGAGAGAAAUCAAGGAACUGCAAGAGAACACUACAAAACUGAAAGAUCAAGCCAAGGCCCAUGUGAAAGAGCUUGAAGCCUUACGAUCAGAAAGAGCUGAGCUUAUCUCACAGCUGGAGUCAUGCAAGCUAAAGAAGCCAGGAGGUCAUGAAGAGACUAACGUUCUUGAGCCAUUCUGCCAGAGGGAAAGAAAAUGUGCAUCCCUUAAGAAGGGAAUGGAGGAAUUGGAAGGACUAGAAGCAAAUACUGAUCAGUCAUUAGCAGUACUGGUUUCCCCUUCUGCUAGACAGGAAAAAGAUGAAGUUAUGUUUGACUUGACUCCUCACCAUACAAAUCAAAAUCCUCAGAGUAAGCAAUCCAAAGGAAAUACCUUGGUUCAGGAGUUGGACAUGACCCACAGUUCUCAAGAGGAUCAAGAUUUGGAAAAGCAUCGCCAGCAAUUGUUGAAAGUUGAUAAAACUCCUGAUUCACCAAAACACAAUUUGAACACAGACAAAGAUGCUUCCAAAGACUUCCAGAAUUUAAUUGCAAGUAUGGUGUCAUGGGGCUCACCUGAGAUCAUGAGGAAACAAGACCUAAGCAUGGAACUUCAUCCAGGUCUUCACCUGACAUCCUUCUCGGAAGCUGAAAACGCAGAGUUUGAAAUUACACACGCUAGGUCAUCCCUGCAGGGAGAGAAUUCUGUGUCACUGGGGUAUUCUAACCUGGAGGAAAAUGGCAGUGGGGAGGCAGCAAUGGGACUAGAUAGAAAAUCUCCAGCUUUUUCUGAAAGUACCUACUCUGUUGAUGAUGACCAAGACAUGGAGAAGAAAAUUUUGCAGAUGAGAGAAGCUGAUAAUCUGACUUUAACCCCUUCUGAUUUGCAAGAUGACGUAAGAUCAGGAACGUCUGCGAUGAGUGAUGGAUGUGGCAGCAGUAACAGCUCAUAUCUGGCAGCUAAACUAAAGCAGGAGCUGCAAACAUCAGACCACCUAGAUGCUAGUGUCAUGACUUAUCUGCAGUACUGUGGGAUGUUUCCAGAUAUUGUGGAAUCAAUGAAAGAGAAGGAAAUCCUUUCACCGGAGCUGAAGACUGUGCUGAAGAUGGUUUAUGAGGAGAGCCGCAAAAUAUUGGCUCUGUCAGAACAUCCCUUUGGCUUGAGGGAGCUGAGGAAUGUUUCCCAGACCCGAGCAGCAGUGGAAGGCUGGCACAGGGAGGGCUUCGCCCUGCUGGAUGCAAUCCACUCACUCAAGGAGUACCUUAGCAAGGUGGCAGAGAGAGGAGAUAAGGAGGAGCAGAGGCAGAUGGUUGUAGAACACCUUUUCUCCUCGGACCGGAACAGCUUGCUGUCAGAAAUCCAGGACCUCCGAGCUCAGCUCCGCCUGACACAUCUUCAGAACCAGGAGAAGCUCCAGCAGUUACAGGAAACUCUGACCAGUGCUGAGGACCAUGGGAACAAACAGGAACACCACCUCCGGAGGAAAG